AUGAUGAGCUGGCUGGAUCAAUGUCAGUGGGGCCACUCUUCUAUCGAGAAUGUUGGAGAGAACAUUUACAUGACGACGAAAACUAAGGAAAACAUGACGGUGACUGCAAUAAAGAGCACUACUGCAUGGUUCGAUGAGCUAAAAGUUAAGGGUGUUGGACAGGCAACUAUACUCACCGAUGUGGCCUUUAACCGUGGCAUUGGCAAUUACACUCAGGUUAACUGGUUCGACGAAGAAAUUUACGAGAAAGGAGAACCGUGCUCAGAGUGCGAAUGCAAGGAGUGCAAAUGUGAUGUGAAAGUAAAGACUCUAGAGUUCAACUUCAACUUUGUCGCACUUUUCAGAAUAAUACAAAAAGGGCUGAAUCAAAAUCGAAAUCACAGUCUGGAAGUUCAGAAAGCAGUGAACGUCGCAGGAAGUGAGGACGAAGAAGAGCCAAGAGACUUUGAGCAACAGAAUGAACCUGGAAACAGGGACAAAUCAAGCGAAGCUCCUCCAACGGCACAAGAGGGUCCUCCGCUGAUACCAGAGGAACGACAAAAGAAUUUCGUUGUUAGACCAGGGUUUGCAUAUUUUCUGGUCACAAUCCCCUUUGUACAAGGACAACGAUUUGGCCUAGGUGUGAAGCACUAUCGAAAUAUGGUGAUCGUCAGUAAAGCAGAAGAAGGUUCAUCAGUAGCUGAUACCAUAAAAGUAAUGGAUCGUAUUUGUGAUGUAUGCUCAAUGCCUGUCUCUGAUAAGGACGUAUGUAAAUCGAUGAUAAUCAGAGCACUAAAAUACGCUGGAGAGGUGGAUAUGAUCAUAGAACGGCCUAUGGAGCCUGAGGCGAUCAAGAUGAUGGAGAACGCACUAAACGCUUCACAAAUGCAAGAACCGUCCGUAGCCAUGGCGCCUGAUGUGAAAUCGAUCGUACGGCGAUACCAGGAAAAAUUGAAACAAGGACAUGGGCAGAUGCCAGCAUAUCAACCAUCUGUCUCAUCAGAUGGUUUAAUACUGAAUGAUAUCCAGAGGAACGGUGGACCAGCUGCUAGAGUGACAAACAUGCCUCGUUUCUAUCGCCAAGGUAGGUGUAAGGGUGUGAGAAUGGCCGAAUGUUCAUGGCCAUUGCAAUGCUGGCUUGCCCUCACCGGAUCUGAUCCCGCGAACCGUACAGGCUUACGUAAAGCGAUAACUGAUCCCAAUAAACCACAAGCGAAUGCUCCACAUGUUGUGCUUGGAGAAGGCGCCGGAAAGUCACACAUAUCGCUAAUUAUAGGAUGUGAUAGAACUCCCAGUCAAGUGAACAAAUUGCAUAAAGGCAAACAACGAUGGGCAUACCUUACAAACUCAUUCGAAGAGGCUCUGCCUGUAGCCGGCCAAAAACACCUGCCAAUGCCUGGAGACCAUAGACGGACCCCUCCAGCCGAGAAAGGAGCGAAGGCUGGGACUCCGAGGAAGGCUUCGCUGGCUCCACUUGCUCAAGAUAGAGCCUCUGCGAAAACACCACCCGCUGAGAAUCCUGACGAUGAUCGAGGAAGCCCUGCUGCGAUGACACCACCUACUGAUCCUGCCCAAGAUGCUCAGGGUAGAGCUACUGCGAGGACACCACCCAAUGAACUUGCUCAAGAUGCACCUUUAAUACCACCGGAACGAAAACGGAAUUUCAUUGUUAGAGAAGGGUACGCAUACUUUUUGGCAACGAUCAUUCUCACUCCUGGAAUGAAAUUCGGUCUUGGUUUGAAGCAUUAUCGUAAUAAGGUCGUUGUCAGCAAAGUGGAAGAUGGAUCGAUGGUAGCUGAUAUCUUGAAGGUCAUGGACCAUAUUUGUGACGUCUGCUCAAAGCCAGUCACAGAUAAGGAUAUCUGCAGAAGGCUAAUAGUGAAAGCCUUGAAAGCUAACGGAGAAGUGAAUAUGAUUGUUGAGCGGCCGAUUGAGCCUGAUGCAGUAAAAGAGAUGGAGAACGCACUCAAUGCAUCUCGAAUGCAAGAGCCAUCUAUGGCAUUAGCACCUGAUGUGAAGGAUAUUAUUCGACGAUACAGCGAAAAAUUACAGGCUGGGCAUGGACAGGUGCCCGCUAAAAAAGCUCUAACUGAUUCCAAAAAGGAACGAAGACCAGAGGCUCAACGAAAUGUGAACUUCGAUGUUGGCGGCGGAAAAUCGCACAUUUCCUAUAUUAUUGGUUGUGAUUUGACAAAAAGUCAACAGGAAAAAUUGACGUCGCCAGCCCCACCCAGAAAUGCGCCACCUGGAGGAGCAGCUAUAAGGGCGCCACCUAUUCCACCUCCUCAAGGUCCACAGCCUGGAGCUCCUAUGAUGGCGCCACCUGUUCCACCUCCUCAAGGUGCAAGGGACGAUGCUCCUAUAAGGGCACCUGUUCUACCUCCUCAAGGACCGAUGCAAGGAGCUGGCAUGAUGCCGCCACCUGUUCCACCUCCUCAAGGUCCGAUGCCUGGAGCUGGUAUGAUGGCGCCACCUCCUCCACCUGCUCAAGGUGCACAGGCUGGAGCUCCAGGUCAACCGGAAAUAAGUAGUGAAGGACCUCUCAUAGCACCAGAACGAGAACGAAAUUUCAUUGUUAAAGAAGGAUACGACUACUUUUUGGCUCAGAUCGUUCUCACUCCUGGUAUGAAGUUUGGUCUCGGACUAAAGCACCACCGUAAUCGGGUCAUUGUCAGUAAAGUAGAGGAUGGGUCUAUGGUAGCAAAUAUCUUGAAGGUGAUGGAUCAUAUAUGUGAUGUUUCUUCGAAACCAGUUACCGAUAAGGAUGUCUGCAAAAGACUAAUAGUGAAAGCUUUGAAAGAUAGUGGAGAAGUGGAUAUGAUUAUAGAGCGCCCGACCGAACCUGAUGCAAUUGCAGAAAUGGAGGUGAGCAAUUCCGGUCUAUCUUAA